AGCACGGCCGAAUGACCUUCACGUGCUACUCAGACUCGCGAAGGUUGCAGUAUCAUGCAGGAUCGAUCCCUGGAUGCCUCUUCUGGUGUCGAGACUCAGUUCUGCUGCGCGGGAACCUCACCUGCGUUCAGGGGACACCAGCAAGUUAGCAACUAUUGUCCAGAGCCUUGCGCAGCCCCACAUCGAAGUCGUGAGCAUUUUGCCAUGGAGCGAAGCCCACUGUCAAAGAUGGCCAUAUUAUAAUAGAACAACGACACGUCCUUCAGCCCAUUGUUUCAUUCUUGCCUGAGUUGAGAGCAAGCAUGGUUGCGUUCAAUCCAACAGAGUUGCCGCCUGGCUCUCCAAGCUCACUAGAGGACGUUUCGGGAGAAGCCUGGGUGCCUCUGUAUGAGCACGAUUGCCCUUUCGACGACAAGGUCUUUUUCCAAGUCAUGAGAAACCUCAUCCGAAAUCCCAAUCUGAACUCAUCAUGGCUGUUCCGUGCAGACAUAUUAUUGGAAGCCAGUGGCCCCGAGGGCGCCAAGGAACAUGACGGGAGUGAGCACCUGCGACCCCGGACGGUACAUUUCCAGGACUACGCCAUUGAGAACACCCUGAUCAGGAAGCUGAUCCCCAGGAACACGAAGAGAGAUCAGCCCAUGGAUCAAACAUGCUUGAGCUACCGCCGGCUUAGCUCAAGCGAAGAAAUAAAGUCUUUGGUUGUGUACAAGCCGCACAUUGACAAUCCCGCAGACAUGCCUUUCUACCAUCCGCGAGUCAAAGCUUUAGCUUUUCACCACGAAUGGAAUUCUUCCACGGAAACAGGCCGGAUAUCCAUCCACUACAACUUCUUUGACGACUAUGAGGGUGAUGCCAAGCUCGGGAGGACUGCCUAUCAUCUGUUGUCGACUCUACACAAGCACGGACUUGGAACGUUGGCCGGUUAUGUCAAGCGUGUACAACACGACACGAUUGUGCCCCAGACCACCGUCCAGAACACGUAUGCUAGGCUCAAAGAAAAGUACGCCCGCGCAUUGAUUGACAGCUGGGCCGAAGUGACGGACCCGGACAAGCACGUCUUUGAAGACUUGAGCAUCGCAGCUUUCUUGAUAAAGCUUUGGGCUCAGAUUUACGGGACAUCGCCCUUUCCUGGCUUCGUGGAUAUCGGCUGCGGAAAUGGCCUUCUCGUUUACAUUUUGCGACAGGAAGGCUAUGCGGGCUGGGGUUUCGAUGCACGAAUGCGCAAGUCCUGGGACAAUUAUCAAGACCGGGCAAAGGAGACAGAGAUCAUUGCUGGCCAGCCUGUUUUGCAACAACGAGUGCUCCUCCCUUGUAUCAUCGGUGACGGCGGGGAACCGACUGCAGAGAACUCCGGCCCUGAGCAAGAAAGCGACUUGCCCAUGCAGCAGGGAACUGAUGGCAUCCUUCACGAUGGUCGCUUCCCGGAAGGCACGUUCAUCAUCUCGAACCACGCCGACGAACUGACACCGUGGACGCCGAUCCUUGCGGCAAUAUCCAAUUGCCCGUUUCUCAUGAUACCAUGCUGCAGUCACGCAUUGUCGGGGGCCAAAUUUCGAGCUCCGCCUCCAAAGGGCCAGGGGAAAUCGCCCUCGGCGUACUCGUCUCUUGUCGACUGGGUGACGUCGAUCGGCACGGAGUGUGGUUGGGUCAUAGAGAAGGAGAUGCUCCGAAUCCCGAGCACGAGGAACACUGGGCUAAUAGGCAGGACGCGGACGUCCCCGGCCAAGGAGAUAGAUCUGAACGGCCUCGUAGCAAGAUAUGGCGGGACUGCAGGAUAUCUGGAGAAUGUCAUGCAGCUUGCCACGACUGCUCCCCGCGGUCACUAGUCUCUCAGAGCCGAAUAUGCAGAAUUUCCGAGGGGGUUGUUGCGCGACAGUCUGGGAAACGAGAUGGUGUCGCAGCUUUGCAGGCCUCAUUGCUCCUACGGUGUAGAAACCCAGCUAUCAUACAAGCAGGUUAAUGUAUAAGUUGGCAGAAUGUACUAGACAGCUGUGGCCAGCAGUUGUGAUUAGAUGUCUGGGUUGAUGUCGUGAGAACCAUGGGGAUCAGGGCUUUCUGGUCAACGCUCGUCCAGCUUCUGGCCGACUGUUUGGUCCUUUGACGUUUGAUUUGGAUUUUUUCAAUCAAUGCCGUGGCAUUG